AUGUGCGGCCUGCUACGAUACACAGCUCGACGUCCUAUCCGACCACCUCUCAAUCAGCAGUCUCUUACAACACACUCUUCCAUAUUAGGACUAGCUCUCCGCGCGGAUACGGUAGUGGAUCGGAUGUGCAGACACAACGACCCAGCACUUCGGACUGGUCCGCCCGUAGGAUCCCCUGAAGCUGAGAAAGGGGAGACGACAGACUACGACGUCCAGUCACAACGACGAACGCCACAACAGCAGCCACGACGACGGUCGUCCCUCGGCUUUGGCUGCAUGUUCUCGCGAUUGCAACUCUUGCUCUCCCCUCGCUUCCUUUCGACCGCUGUGCACAGCGUCGUGCGCCUGCCAUUGCCCCCUCUUUCUUGUCCUCCUCGGUCGGCAAAUUCCCGAAACGCACAGAUCACUCAUAGUACCCAGGGCGCCCAGACUACACAGAAAGCUAUGACGACAGCGGCCGCGACGGCAGCUGGACCUCAGCGACGGCGGUCGGCGCGUAUGGCGUCGACGUCGCUGGCCCGGUUCCGGUACCGCGAGAACGAUAGCUCCGACUCGGACGGCGGCGUGAAAAAUGAGGAACGCGAUGACGAUGACGACGACGACAGCGACCACAAACCCUCGGACGACGAGAGCAGCCUGUCCGAGCUGUCCUUCAAUAGCGACAUUGAAGACGCUGUGUCUGCACCAAGGAGGAAAGCGACAAGAGGUGCACGAACGAGAACGACAGCAGCCACGACCAAAACAUCGACAGGCUCUGUUGCGACAGGCAAACGAAAACGAGCAGCGACCACGACGACCACGACGACCACGGCCGCCGUAGUCACGAAAAUACCUACCCACAAGAAGCGAAAUGGAGCCAACGGUGCCGUCAAGUCAGAAGACCAUGUCGAGGUCAAGCGGGAGAUCAAGGACGAGGAGCUGGGCGGGCAGGACCUUUCGUCCAUACAAAAGGCAGCACCGCCACGCAAAGCCCGCAAGCCCGCACGUGUCAUCACGACCAAGGUCGCGAGCCAGCGUGAGGGCGAGGGCGAGGGCGGCGACGCGACGCAUGUCGAGCCGCCGACCGACUGGGAGCUAUUCUACGACCUCGUCAAGGAGAUGCGCCUCCCCGGCGGACCGGCCGCCAACGCCGCCGUCGACACCAUGGGCUGCGAGCGCCUUGCCCUCGCGUCGGCCAGCCCGCGCGACCGGCGCUUCCACACCCUCGUGGCCCUCAUGCUGAGCUCCCAGACCAAGGACACGGUCAAUGCCGUCGUCAUGGCGCGCCUGCAGGCGGAGCUCCCGCCCCACGCGCCGGGCGCGCCGCCGGGGCUCAACCUGGAAAACAUGCUUGCCGUCGACCCGACGUUGCUCAACCAGCUGAUCUGGCAGGUCGGCUUCCACAACAACAAGACCAAGUAUCUCAAGCAGGCCGCCGUCAUCUUGCGCGACGAGUACGGCGGCGACAUCCCGCCGACGGCCGAGGGCCUGAUGGCGCUGCCCGGCGUCGGGCCCAAGAUGGCGUACCUGUGCCUGGCCGCGGAGCACGGCUGGAACCGCGUCGAGGGCAUCGGCGUCGACGUGCACGUGCACCGCAUCACGAACCUCUGGGGGUGGCAGAAGCCCGGAUCGGCGGCGGCCAAGACGCCCGAGGGCACGCGCCUGGCGCUGCAGAGCUGGCUGCCGCGUGACAAGUGGAAGGAGAUCAACUGGCUGCUGGUGGGCUUUGGCCAGGCCGUGUGCCUGCCCCAGGGCGCCAAGUGCGGCGACUGUACAUUGGGCCUGCGCGGGCUGUGCCGAGCAGCCAACCGCAAAAAGGUCAACGAAGGACGCAAGAAACGGCGCGAGCUGGGCUUGGACGUCCCCGGCGAAGACGAGGACGGUGUCAUCAAAGACGAAGUCAAGGAGGAGGGGGAUUACGCUUGA